UAAAGGUUGAAGAAAAGGAGAAGCACAAAAGCAAUAAAAUGGCAGCAUCAGAAAACCUAUGUGAUGGUGCUGGUGAUGACAGUGACAAUGACGCAUUACUUCAAGAAAGAAAGAGUAGAAAAACUGACAGUUGGCAAUUUCCUAGGAUGGAGAAUGAAGUGUGUGAUAGGCCUGCAAAGAAAACACCUAAUGAAAAGAACAAGGUGAAAGAACAAAUACAGUCUAUGAGUGACCAUGAUGACUUAACUUGGUCAUCUGCAACAGCCCCAGAGGAUUAUUUUGUUAUCCUAUUGAAAAUGCAAGAUGCCAUUCUUUCCCAGCAAAGAUUAGUAGAACUUAAAGGCAAUGAGUGUGAAAGACUCACAAUAAAAAUUGGAAAAAUGGAAAACGAGGUUAGCAUUCUGCAAGAUGAGCUCUAUGAAGCCAAAAAAAUAAUGUCACAGUUAAAUUAUGAAAAAGCCGUAUGGGAAUGUGAACUCUCUACUUUGAGAUGUACCUUAAAAGAAGAAGGAGAGAAGAGAAGAAAUGCUGAUCUGUUAUAUGAAAACACUCGAGAAGAGAUAAGAAAAAAGGAAGAGGAAUGCAGGAAAGAAGUUGAAAUGAAACAACAAGCUGAAGAGUCUGUCAAAACACUGAAUGCAGAAAUGAAUAUAUUAAGAAACUAUUUGUCUGAGCUUGCAGAAAAGUACAACGAGAGUCAGAGGCAGCUAUAUGGAGAGCGGAAUGCCAGACAAUUACAAGGUUGGAUUCUGGCCAAUCAACUUUACACACAAACUGAAACAGAAAUGACUCUGAGGGAAAUGGAAUCUCAGAUUUGUCAGAGUUAUGAAAAAGAACGAUUUCUUAUGUGUACAAAUGACAUGUUGCAUGAAGAAAUAGCCAUGCUACAAAUGGAAAUAGCCACAAUAAAAUAUCAGAAUGAGGAAAAAGAAAAUAAGUAUAUCAACCACAUUAAAAUUGUGGACGAAGUGAAUGAGAACCUUCAAAUGACCAUGAAAAAGAAUGUGGAAAAGUUAACAGACACAGUAUCUCAGUAUAGUGACCAGCUUAAUGCUCUGGCAUGUGAGAAUGCCUUGCUAAAUGCUCAACUACAAAAUGAAAAAGAGAGCAAGGAACAACUGCAAGCAGAACUUGAAUCCUGCAGUUCUAGACUGACUGCUGCAAUACAUGAUCAAUACGUUGAUCAAAUUCUGAUGUCAGGAAGAGACGUCGAAAUGUCUUUCCAGAGAGCAGGACAUGAGUGGUUUUGCUUACGGAAUGAAAUAAAUGUACCUGUGUCUGAUCUCAAAGAAAACCAUGAGAUUUUUGGUCAAAACUGUUCUAAGGCUCAAAGUCAAAUCGGUAGCCUGGAAGAUGAGCUCCAUAGCACAAGAAAUGUUCUGAGAAAUAAGACUCUGUCUUUGAAAUGUGUCCAAAGACACCUCUACCAAACAGAAUGUCAAAUGGAAAAGAUCAAUCAAAUGUAUGAAAAUGAACAAUAUCACGUGAAGAAAUACAUUGGACAACAGGAAUAUCUAGAGAAGAGAAUAUCUGAACUAGAAAGAGGAAAUAUGUUGCUUCGAGAGCAACUGGUGUACGCUCACAGCAGAGCAGAGCAUAAAGAGGAGACACUGAUGAAUAUGCGAGAGCAAUUUCAAGAUACUGUGAAAAACCUUCUAGCUGAGAACGGAAAGCAAACCCGUCUGCUAGAAGAUAGAAGUAAGCAGUUAAUCGGUGAAUGCAAUCAGUUGAAAGAAAGGCUGUAUCAAAAUGAAAAAGGGAAACCAGGAGAAGUAAGUAUCAAGAAACAUAAAUCUUUUUCAAAGUUCCUGAAAGAAAAUUUAAAGUAA